AUGCGUACCACAUUUGUUCUUCUAAUGCUGAGCGUCCUCGUUGCCGGGUUGCCGGCUCAAAGACGCAGUGAAGACUCUGUAGCAAUUCUCAAGCGUGCGCCAGAGGUCGAACGACGAGAGGGGGGCUUUAUUCUGUCGAACGCGGUACACCCUGUGGCUGCAGCUCACAUUGCUCCGGAGAGUAGAGACGUCGCCGCAGUUCCGCGUAAGUGGUCCAUCAAACUUGUGUCUGAUUGA